AUGGAUCCCGUGAGACUAUUCUCCGAUACAUUCGGUGUAGACUAUUCCGCCGCAGCGUACCUCGUCGGCGCGCUUUCGUCCAUCCCCGUCGCGUACCUUCACCGGUUUAUCGGCCCUCCCGCGCUCCGCCAUGUAUACGCCGCAGUUUCCGGGGUGCUUCUAUCGUUAAUCUCCUUCACUCCCGACGUGCUGCUGCAUUUCAUCCUCGCAGCGGCCUUCACACUCGUCGUCAUGCGAACGCAGCGAAGCAUCUGCGGACUGGUUACCUUCAUUGGUACAUUCGCACAUCUCAUCGCAUGCCACGUCAUCUUCAUGAGCGACGACGCGCGGAGAACGGGCCGCGUGGACUUCACGGGGACUCUAACGAUCGUGGCGAUUAAGCUGACGUCACUCGCCAUGGACUACCAGGACGGCCUUAAAGCCCUAAAGGACGACGCGAAGCGCGCGAAAGACGGCGAGAAACCCGAGAGCGAGCAGCCGUCGCGCGAUGAUCGGAGAAAGGCGGAGAAGCGGGCGAGAGUGAUUAGAGAGAUGCCGUCGCUGGUGGAGUUUCUGGGGUAUCUUUUCUGCUGCGGGCAGCAUCUGCUUGGGCCGUGGUUCGACUAUCAAUCCUACGACGACUGGACGCACCGCCGCGGGGUGUGGUCCCCGUCGGUGCGCUCCCCCUCGCCCAUCCCGCCCUUCCUCCGCGUGCUCGUCCAAGGCUCAUUGGCAGCAGCCGUCUUCCUCCUCAUCUUCCCGCACCUCGACCUCUCCCUCGCCACCGACCCGGCGCGCUUCUUCGUGCUGCCCUUCCUGCGGCGCCUGCUGCUGGUGUUCCACGCCACGCUCGUCACGCGCUGGCGCUGCUACAUCGUCUGGUCCAUUGCGGAAGCUGCCAUGGUUGCUGGCGGCCUGGGCUUCUCUGGUUGGGUGGCGGCGUCAGGUGCCGAGCGACAGGUGGCAUCGUGGGAUAGGGCGCGCAACGUGAAUAUCCUCGGCAUGGAGCUCGCGAGCACGGGCGCUGACGUGGCAAAGAACUGGAACAUCUCCUUCAGCACGUGGCUGCGCAUCUACGUGUAUGAGCGGCUGGAGGCAAUGCCAAGGAAGAGUGCACUAUUCAACCUGCUCUUCACCUUCUUCAUCAGCGCCAUUUCGCAUGGUUUGAACCCAGGGGAUCUGAUAGGCUUCGCCCACUGGGCGCUGAUGAUAGCGGGGUCGCGAGUCAUCUACCGCUGGUCGCGGCCUCUAGCCCAGGGCUCGCUGCCUCGCCGCGCUGCCUCGCUGCUGCACUUCCUCUACGUGCUGCUCUGCAUCAACUACGCUGGCUUUGGCUUCAGUGUGAUGACGUUCCAGCACACGGUGCAGGCAUACAGGGGGCUCUAUUACUACGGCACAUUAGUGCCUGUGAUGCUCAUCGUGGCAGGCAACUUCAUCCGAACACCAAGGCCCAGGGGGGCCAAGAAAAGCCUCAAGACAGAGUAG